UUGUGGGUAACGGAAGUUAUGCGACGAUUCAAAUACAUACGGCGUGAAAUGUUGAAAUUCUGAAAACAAUCCAUUGUCAUCGAUGCACAAAUGCAAUAAUGAACAGAUCAAAUAUCGUUUCGUGACAUUAUGGAUUCAGCUGCGGUUAAACUGUAACGGUUUUGUCGAAAGUUUGUCAACCUCAUAAGAAGAACAACCGGCUCAAACAUCAACAAAGAAUUAGCUCUACAGCAUGUUUCUGUACAACCUGACCCUACAGAGAUCCUCUGGGAUCAGUUUUGCUAUACACGGCAACUUCUCCGGCUCAAGGCUGCAGGAAGUUAUAGCAGCUCGUGGGAAGACACUAGAACUUCUCCGCCAUGACCCCAACACAGGGAAGAUCUACCCAGUGCUGUCUGUGGAAGUUUUUGGUGUCAUCAGAGCUAUCAUGCCAUUCAGGCUCACAGGAGGCUCUAAAGAUUACAUAGUUGUUGGGUCAGAUUCAGGCAGAAUUGUAAUUUUGGAAUAUAUUCCAUCAAAGAAUAUAUUUGAAAGGAUUCACCAGGAGACAUUUGGGAAAAGUGGAUGUCGUCGGAUUGUGCCAGGGCAAUACCUGGCUGUUGAUCCUAAAGGAAGGGCUGUUAUGAUAGGUGCUAUAGAGAAGCAGAAACUUGUGUACAUUCUCAACAGAGAUGCCCAGGCUAGAUUGACAAUCUCUUCUCCAUUAGAAGCUCACAAGUCCAACACACUCGUCUACCACAUGGUCGGAGUGGAUGUCGGCUUUGAAAAUCCAACGUUUGCCUGUCUUGAAAUUGAUUAUGAGGAGUCUGACACUGACCACACUGGGGAGGCGGCUCAGAGGACCCAGCAGUUACUCACCUACUACGAGUUGGACCUUGGUCUCAACCAUGUGGUCCGCAAAUACUCAGAGCAGCUGGAAGAGCAUGCUAACUUCCUCAUCUCAGUUCCUGGAGGAAACGAUGGACCAAGUGGUGUCCUGAUUUGUUCUGAGAACUAUGUGACCUACAAGAACCUGGGAGACCAGCCUGACAUCAGGUGCCCCAUUCCCAGGAGGAGGUAUGACCUUGAUGACCCCGAGAGAGGCAUGAUAUUUGUAUGUAGCGCCACCCACAAGACAAAGUCAAUGUUCUUCUUCCUGGCACAGACUGAACAGGGUGACAUCUUUAAGAUCACCCUGGAGACUGACGAAGAUAUGGUUACAGAGAUCCGACUGAAGUAUUUUGACACUGUUCCGGUUGCUGUCAGCAUGUGUGUCCUCAAGUCUGGCUUCCUCUUUCUUGCUUCAGAAUUUGGCAAUCAUCACUUGUACCAGAUCGCCCACCUGGGAGAUGACGAUGGGGAGCCCUACUUCAGCAGUGCUAUGCCUCUGGAAGAAGGAGAGACGUUCCUCUUCCCUCCUCGAACCUUGAAGAACCUGGUGUUGGUGGAUGAGAUCGACAGUCUGUCCCCUAUCAUGACCUGUCAGAUAGCUGAUCUUGCUAAUGAAGAUACUCCACAGCUGUACACACUGUGUGGAAGAGGGCCCAGGUCUACCCUUCGAAUCCUUCGUCAUGGACUCGAGGUAUCGGAGAUGGCCGUAUCCGAGCUGCCCGGUAACCCCAAUGCUGUAUGGACUGUGAAGAAAAGAAUUGAUGAUGAGUAUGAUGCCUACAUUAUCGUGUCUUUCGUGAACGCCACCCUUGUACUGUCCAUCGGAGAGACUGUAGAGGAAGUGACAGAUUCUGGCUUCUUGGGAACCACACCAACAAUAUCUUGUUCUCAGCUCGGAGAUGAUGCUCUCGUACAGAUCUACCCCGAUGGUAUCCGUCAUAUUCGUGCAGACAAGCGUGUCAACGAGUGGAAAACUCCAGGGAAGAAAAACAUUGUGAAGUGUGCAGUGAACCAGAGACAGGUUGUCAUAGCUCUGACAGGGGGCGAACUGGUGUACUUCGAGAUGGACCCGACAGGUCAGUUGAAUGAAUACACAGAGCGGAAGGAGAUGUCAUCGGAUGUGGUGUGCAUGGCUCUUGGUCGGGUGCCUGAGGGAGAACAGAGAUGCCGCUUCCUUGCUGUUGGUUUGGCAGACAACACUGUCAGGAUCAUCUCCCUUGACCCAUCGGACUGCCUGUCCCCACUGAGUAUGCAGGCACUGCCCGCCCCUCCAGAGUCACUCUGCAUCAUCGAGAUGGGCGGCACUGAAGCCAAGGAAGAAACUGGGGAGGCUGGCACUGUGGGAGGCCUCUACCUUAACAUCGGACUACAGAACGGUGUCCUGCUACGAACAGUGCUCGACACAGUAACUGGAGAUCUGUCAGACACCAGGACCAGAUAUCUCGGGUCUCGACCUGUCAAACUCUUCCGAAUCGCCAUGCAAGGAGCUGAGGCUGUUUUGGCAAUGUCAAGUAGAACAUGGCUGAGCUACACAUAUCAGAGCAGAUUCCAUCUGACACCAUUGUCGUACGAGACCCUGGAAUAUGCCUCUGGAUUUGCCUCUGAACAGUGCCCUGAGGGUAUUGUGGCAAUUUCAACAAACACUUUGAGGUAAGUAUUUAUAUUAGAUUCUGGCGCGCUGGAGAAGCUGGGUGCUGUGUUCAACCAGGUGUCCUGGCCGCUACAGUACACACCACGGAAGUUCGUCAUCCACCCCGAGUCCAACAAUAUCAUCCUCAUCGAGACGGACCACAAUGCGUACACAGAGGACACCAAGAAACACAGGAAGCAACAGAUGGCGGAGGAAAUGAUAGAAGCGGCUCGGGAAGAGGAACAGGAAAUAGCCGCAGAAAUGGCAGCAGCUUUCCUCAAUGAGGACAAGCCUGAGACUGUGUUUGGUGCCCCCAAGUCAGGGAUGGGGAUGUGGGCAUCAGUCAUCCGUGUGAUGAACCCCAUCAAGGGGGAGACAUUCGACAAGAUCUCACUGGAGCAGAACGAGGCAGCGCAUAGUAUUGCCCUGGUGAAGUUUGCCAACAAAGGAGACGACCAGUUUGUGUUAGUGGGUGUGUCCAGAGACCUUGUGUUGAACCCGCGCUCCCUCAGUGGAGGGUUUGUGUACACCUACCUGCUGGUGAACCAGGGCACCAAGCUGGAACUGCUUCACAAGACUGCCAUGGAUGAAGUACCUACAGCCAUCGCAAGUUUCCAGGGGCGGGUAUUGAUAGGCCUUGGGAAGAAUCUCCGAGUCUAUGACCUUGGAAAAAAGAAACUUCUCCGUAAAUGUGAAAACAAGCAUAUCCCCAACACCGUAGUGAGCAUCCACACUAUGGGGAAUCGAGUGAUGGUUGCUGACGUACAGGAGAGCUUCCAUUUCCUGCGCUACAAGAGCCAGGAGAACCAACUCAUUGUCUUUGCUGAUGACACCAACCCAAGAUGGAUAACGUGUUCAUACCAACUGGAUUACGACACUGUCACUGGUGCUGAUAAAUUUGGCAAUAUCACCAUUGUUCGGCUUCCGACAGAUGUGUCUGACGAGGUGGAUGAGGACCCUACAGGCAACAAAGCUCUCUGGGACAGAGGACUGCUGAAUGGUGCCUCACAGAAGGCUGACGUAGUUGCUAACUUCCAUGUUGGCGAGGUUGUGACGUCCCUCCAGAAGGCCACAUUGAUCCCUGGGGGUUCAGAGUCUCUGGUCUACACUACCCUGUCAGGUGCUAUUGGCAUGCUGGUACCCUUCACGUCACAUGAGGAUCAUGACUUCUUCCAACAUCUGGAGAUGUACAUGCGUUCGGAGUAUCCCCCUUUGUGCGGCCGAGAUCACCUGGCUUACAGGUCCUACUACUACCCAGUCAAGAAUGUGAUUGAUGGCGAUCUGUGUGAGAUGUUCAACUCCAUGGAUGCCAGCAAACAGAAGAGUGUGGCAGAGGAACUGGAGAGAACACCCAGUGAGGUGUCAAAGAAACUUGAAGACAUCCGAACUCGAUAUGCUUUCUAGGAGAGAUACUGUGCGAAGAGUAUCAGUAUGUACUGGCAGAAGACCAUGGGACGGUGCUAGUCUUCAGGCAGCUAUGGUGGACAAUGAAACAGUUUAUUCAUUGGAAUCACAACACUGGAAGACUAACGGGAUGGGCUGAUGACAAUGACUGUUGCAUGUGAAUAUUCCUGGAAUGAGUAACCAUGAGAACAAUCAACGCUUUGACAUGAACACAGGAUUCUGCCACUGUGUCGAAAUGUGAAUGAUUUCUGACAUCAAGAACCACUGGUUUAUCUGAUUCCAUUACACUGGAUGGACACAUUUAUAUUGCUGUAUUUUGGCAACUACAGCCAAAACUCGGUUAUUUCACUUUUUAAGCCUUCAAAUCUGACUGGAAGUCUUAUCCAAAAGAAUUUGUUGUAUAUAGUUGUUUCUUUUGUACCUGAAAUUACCAAUGCCUUUGCUAUGAGGCCAUAAUCAUGAUCUCGCCUGCAUCAUUUAAUAAGAUAUGUUUUCUUGGUCCUUGCACUAAAGCCAUCUAAGAGCACAGGAGUUGAGUGGUCCUCACUCUGAGACAGUUCCUAGGAAAGGGCCCUGAUCUUUGUGGUUGAAGUUGUGUUCGAGAAUACUGAAAACCACGCAGUUGUAUUGACUUGAAAUGUUUCUAACAUCUGACAAGUUCAUGUGUAAAUAAUCAUGCAGCUAUCAUAUGUGUAAAUUUAACAUUGUUACAUUGGAAACGUUGCAUAUGUAAAUUGAUAAAUAUUUGUAAGUAAAACAACUGAAAGAUU